AUGCGGGGCUAUCUGGGCGUUUGGGUCAGCCAGGUGUACCACCUUCGUCAUAUUGUUGUUACAAGUGUAACAUUCCUGGCCAUUGGAUUCGAAAUUGCCCUAAUCACCCUAAAGAACGCUCUAGUCGUUCUUCGGACUCUCAGCUUUUUCGCGGGCGCAACGAGACGGAUGACCGUCUCUGUACAGAAUGGCAGCGUGGAUACUGCUCCCCUCCGUGCCAGUACGGAAAACUGCACCGCUGCUCAGCUUGUGAUGCCGGUUCCCAUGGUCUCCGCACCUGUAAACGGCGCGCUAAUGUCGGCGAAGCCGCUACGAACCGCUGCGACACCUCUCAAGCCUGAUGCAUUCCGCCAUUACUUGUGUGACCAUCCAGACCAACAUUUCGUAAGUGUGGUUAUUGAUAUGAUCAUUAACGGGGCAGAUAUCGGCUAUUUUGGCCCCGUCUGCUCUCGCUUUACCGCAAAUGCCAAGUCUGCGCGUGAGCAUGAUGAUGUCUUGAUAAAAGCUAUUGAGAAAGAGGUUUUGUUAGGCCAUACAACCGGCCCUUUUAUCAAACCACCGUUUAAAUAUUUUUCUAUAAGUUUUCUUGGCGUUCGUGAGAAAAAACCUAGCGGGCAUCGGGUUAUUCUUGAUUUAUCCCGACCAGAGGGUAACAGUGUGAACGAUUAUAUUGACGGUGACGCAUACACGGUUUCUUACUGUUCGGUUGACGAUGCUGUUCGUUUGUUAACACAUAUGGGAGUCGGUGCGAUAAUGUGCAAACAAGAUAUCAAACAUGCAUUUCGUUUGAUUCCCGUACGCCCGGCUGACUGGCCAUUACUCGGUUAUAAAGUUGCUGGUAAUUAUUAUCAUGACGUUGUUCUACCAUUUGGUGGAAGAUCGUCUCCGCGCCUAUUUUGCAUGAUUUCCGAAGCGCUACAUUGGAUUGUUGCUGAUGUCUCGAAAAAGUUUAGUUUUCUUCAUUAUGUUGAUGAUUUCUUUUUUGUCGAAUUAACUGUGGAAGCCUGCACGUUCAUUGUUAAUACUUUAUUGCGGAUUGCACAAGAUCUUGGUAUUCCGUUUUCUCCUGAUAAAGCUGAUGGCCCAUCCACCCGGUUACCAUUUCUCGGCAUUGUUCUCGACUCAGUUGCCCAAACUCUGUCCCUUCCAGUUGGUAAAUUAGAGGAAAUCAUCGCGUUAAUUGCUGUGUGGCAAAAGCGGUCUGUGUGUUAGGAAAAUGAGCUUCAAAGUCUAAUCGGUUCUCUUCAA